GCAUCUUUUCCCAUGUUAGUCUAGGUAAUGAAUUGGAUUGACUGUGACUGGUAUUGGCAACUGGACUAAUUACCUACCUGCUACAUACAUGGAGUACAAGUCGUCGACCCCGCAUCAAGCCGAGGACUAAGCUAAGCUAAGGUACCUACAGCGUAUGAAACUCUAUGUCAUAGGUAGUAGUCAAGCUGCACUGAGCAGCUUCAUGCCAUUGAGAUUGUGUUAAUAACCUCUGGUGCUCUUUUCUUCUUUUUAUUUUGUCAUGUUACGUCGAUCAAGUCAAACAACAAGCAACUAAGUCUUUGAGAGUGACACCAUAACCCCUUCCAACUAUUUGGAAGCUCGAUCAAUUACACCCCUCCCUGGCUUGUGAAAUAUGGCACACUCCCACUCCCACGACGGCUCUGCGCCUCACUCCCACUCCCAUGAUGGCAGCACUUUCAACGCUCAGGAGCACGGCCACAGCCAUGAAAUCCUCACGGGUCCUGGCAGCUAUCUCGGCCGCGAGAUGCCCAUCGUCGAAGGCCGUGACUUUUCCGAGCGUGCCUUUACCAUUGGCAUUGGCGGCCCCGUCGGCUCGGGCAAGACAGCCCUGAUGCUCGCCCUCUGCCUGGCGCUGCGCGACACGCACUCCCUCGCGGCCGUGACAAACGACAUCUUCACGCGCGAGGACGCCGAGUUCCUGACGCGCAACAAGGCCCUGCCCCCGUCUCGCAUCCGCGCCAUAGAGACGGGCGGCUGCCCGCACGCCGCCGUGCGCGAGGACAUAUCCGCCAACCUGGCCUGCCUUGAGGACCUGCACCGAACCUUCAACGGUGUCGACCUGCUGCUGAUCGAGAGCGGCGGUGACAACCUGGCCGCCAACUACAGCCGCGAGCUUGCGGAUUUUAUUAUUUACGUCAUCGACGUCUCGGGCGGCGACAAGAUCCCCCGCAAGGGUGGGCCCGGCAUCACGCAGAGUGAUUUGCUCGUGGUCAACAAGACGGACCUGGCCGAGAUUGUCGGCGCGGAUCUGGGCGUCAUGGAGAGGGAUGCGAGGAAGAUGAGAGAGGGUGGCCCGACUGUGUUUGCGCAGGUCAAGAAGUCGGUCGGCGUCGAGCACAUUGUCAACUUGAUCCUGAGCGCCUGGAAGGCAAGCGGUGCGGAGGAGAUCGCCAAGGCGAAUGGCGGCCCCAGGCCUACCGAGGGGUUGGAGGAGUUGAAUGCUUAGGCCUGGGUGUGGAGAAAGGGAGUGAUCUUGAGGGGAAACAAGGCAAGGCAUUUUGUUCACUAUCCAAUAGACCUGGCAUGGGGACAGAGAAGAGAAAAAAAGAAAAAAAAAGAAAUCAACAAAGAUGAUAUUCAUAUCAAAGCCAUAUUUGCAGAAUCCCUACCCACAAAACACCGACCGAAAGUCUAUAGAAAUAAUUGUGUGUUCAUGAUUUUUCGUUAGCCAGUUGCUUUUUUUUAUAAUCCCAUCCCAUACAAUAAAAGAAAAACCUCAUCAGAACCCAAUGAAAAGAAAUCAAGC